UUACGAAAGCAAAACACACGUGAGGUUGUAAACAAACGAGUGGACGAGGGCAGUCAGUGAUAUGAUGGGCCGUUACUUCCACUUGGCAGUGUUUGCCAAUGUCCUGUGUUUGUGUCAAAGCUACACCCUGAGGAGCUCGGUAUCCUGGGUCGUCUCCUCCAACGAUGUGGUGGAGGACGCGGACCUGUCGGAUGAGGUCGCCCCGGCUUUGCUGGUGGACGGUGCGGGGCUGUGGAAGCAGGCUUAUCCGUCCUCGAACGUCCUCGGAGACAGCGUGGAGAGCCCGGGAGAGCUAGUCAAGCAGGACAACGAGAAUAUGGCGCAGAUCUCAUCUCGCCUGUUUUCAUAUCGGCUGGAGAAGGUGAAGAAGUCCGGAAGCAGCAGUCCUCCUCCGCACCAAGAGACCGCCAGGACUGCUAGAUACAUAGCUCAUUACAGUGACUGGGGACAUCUGUCCACCAUUUCAACUCAAGACAAGAUCAAAGGUCUCCCCUUUGGGAACAUCUUCUCAGUCAGUGAUGGACCAUUGGACAACAGCACUGGAGUCAUCUAUUUUUAUGUGACUCCAAUGGACAACACUGUAUCAGACCUGAAUAGUAACCCCUACGCUUCUCUCACAUUCUCAGAGGCUGAGGGAGAAUUCUGCAGGCAAAUGGUGUAUGAGGCAGAAGAUCCAAGAUGUGCUCGACUCACACUAACAGGCAAGAUGGUGGAGGUAGCCCCAGAGGAGCUCAUGUUUGCAAAGGAGGCAAUGUUUUCAAGACAUCCUGCUAUGGCGAAGUGGCCAGUGGGACACAAGUGGUUCUUCAUGAAGUUGGAGUUGAUCCAGGUCUGGCUGCAGGACUGGAUCGGAGGCAUAUCGCUGAUUCCACUGGAGGACUACUUUAAAGCUACGCCUUUCUGAGAACUUCCCUUUUUCUGCAUCAUGUUAGCCUGUACAGAUCAGUUCCUCUGUCCACACCACAGACGUCACGCUGAUAAAGGCCAAGAAUGUGUGAAGAAGCAAUGUGCAAAGAAUAUUUUUACUUAUUCAAAGUUCUGUUCACUUUCACAAAUCUUAAUUUGUGAAAGUGGUUUUUUCUUCACUUAUUCUCUUUUGCCUUGCAAAAUCAAUUUUCUGUGUUUGGUGUGUGAAUGUAUUAAAAGCCAGUAGGCUAAAUUGAAUGGUCACAGUCGUCACAUCUGGCAUAAAAAAAUGUCAUUUAUUAUAUUCUUUACAAACAUAGUCUAUUUUA